AUGGCUUCCCAACCUCUAUUCGAGAUACGAGAUAUCCCAGGCAAAGGCAAAGGAGCGAUUGCUUUAGAAGACAUCAAAGGAGGCACCUUGAUCCUAUCCGAGUCAAUUCUCUGCAUGACCCCUCGAAUCUGGGAGGGAUGUUCGAGAGAAGAAAGACAGUCUGGAUUUGCAAACCAGCUGCGCGGCUUGAACCAAGACCAAAUGCAAGCUUUCUUCGACCUCCAAAAUCGUUAUUCUGAGGAUGGUCUGAUCGAAGGUAUCAUGAAGACCAACGGAAUUUGUUCAGAAUCCGAUGCAAAUACAGCGGGGAUUUUCCUCCUCUGUUCUCGUUUCAACCACAGCUGCUUGGCCAAUGCCGUCUAUUCCUGGAACACCACGAACUCCUACAAAACAAUCUACGCCGUGAAGAACAUACCGCAAGGCGAGGAGAUCACUGUCAGCUAUCUCGCAAAUGAAGAAUGGAUGUCAUCCCGCGAUAGCGCCGUCGUAAGAUAUCUUUGCACCCCAGAUUCACCUAUCGCUGUGUUGCUUGUGAUGCAUCCCGUGAAGAAGUCGUAG